AUGUUCUUAUCCAUGCAGCUUCUUUGCUUCUACAAGCAGCCACCAUCACUGUUUCUUGUGCACAAUAAUGAAGGCAUUUUGAAGCACAAGAGAUUGAUCACAAACCCUUAUUUUUCUACUUCAGAUUCUUGUUUUGGGGUGGUUCAUGCAUCAGUGAAGGAAGAUUCACAGUCACAGCAGUAUGAGAUAGAGCCAGAAAAAGCCAGAGAAGCACUCAAAAAGCUUGAUGAACAGAUGCAGUCUCUCUCCAACAAACCCUCCAAGGCCCGAAAACUCAAGGUUUCGGACCUGAAGCUUCCCGUGGAGGUAGGCAGUGACAAAGAAACGUUAGAAAUUACAGAUUCAUUUCUUGCGACUGUAGCAGGUGGUCUGGUUCUCUUCACUAUAUUGUACAAUGUACUGUUUUAUACUGUAAUUAAGCCAGGCAUUGAUGGUUCAUAG